UCUUUUGUUCUUUCUUUUCCUUAGGCCUUGUGCUUGAAUGUGAAGCUGCUGACAGGAGAGAUGCAUUCCCUGAACACCACUGCCAGCAGAACCAUCUGGGAACUCAAAAUCCAAAUUGCCCAAAAAUCAGGGGUGUCACCAUAUCAGCAGAAACUGGCCUGCCAAAACAGCAGUCACCUUGACCUCCGUGAUGGAGCCCAGCUGUCUGACUUUGGGCUGCAAUCUGGAGACACCAUCAUGAUGGUGGUGAAAAAUGAAGAGUCCAUUACCAUUUUCCUGAAGAAUGACAGGGGCAGAACCAGCACCUACAAUGUCAUGCCUUCAGAGAAAGUGGACAACUUCAGAGUCCGGGUUCAGCAGCAAGAGAACAUCCAGGCAGAACAGUUCUGGCUGACUUAUCAAGGGAGGUCUUUGGAGAAUGGCCAUAAACUAUCAGAUCUCAACAUUGCCCCACACGGCACCAUCUACUUAAAUCUGCGCCUGCGUGGUGGCUGGAUUGGCCAAGCUGGCCUCCUGAGCUUUGCUCAGUGUUUCUUAGAUUUUUAACAACCUUCUCAGUGCUGGGCGGGGGGGGGGGGAGGGGGAGUGGAGAGGAAACACCCACUCUUCUUAUUUGUUCAAAAACUGAUGCAGAUUCUUGUAUCUAGUCACACAAAUGUAGCCUGUUGUUGCACACAAAUAUCUGUAACCUGGGAGUAGCAAUUCCAACCAUGGCAUGAGAAGAGAGUCAGAGGAUCUUUGGCCUACCCCCGAAUGCUCUUGCAUGAAGGCUUCUUAGAAACUAUUUCUUCCUUCUAAGGCUGACAUUAAUUUAAAUUACUUGCCAGUAUUGUCUCUCUUGGGGGGCCUGAAGCAGAAGAUGGGUGGUGCCACUUCAGCAACUUUCUUCCUGUUAAUUCGUUACCAGUUGGGUGCCAGCUUGCUUUCACCCUCGUUUCCUUUCCAAGGAGUGACAGCCUGGAAAUCACAUACAGAUCAGUGAAGAACUGGAACCAGAACCAUCCAGUGCUCUAGGUCUUGGCUGAUGAAGGACAUGUCUGCCUCCGAAUGCUGCCUGUUACUGCAACUUUGUGCUCUCCCAGGUGGCUACCCCUUGCCUUUAAGUAAGGCCUGCUCCACAGUGUUACAGACCACUGCCUGUGAGUUCUGAAUUUUUCUCUUGCAAGCCAAGCAAGAUGGUUAAAACAUCUUCCCACUCUCUGUUUGGUCCUAUUUAAAUGCUCCAGUAUUGUAAUUCUGUUGAUGUAUUGCAUAAUUCUGAAUUGUAUUGUGUACUCCAUUCCUGUGUUCUGUCCUAGGUACUUUUAGCAGUUGGUAUAUUAAUACAAUUUUUCAAAAAUCACAAAAA